AUGCAUUUCACCAACGUUUUCGUUUCUAUCGCCCUUGUUGGCACCGUUCUCGCUGUUGACCACUCCGUCAAAGUUGGUGGCAACAAUAAAGAGCUUACGUUCACUCCUAACAACAUCAACGCUACGAAAGGCGAUACCGUAACCUUCCACUUCUGGCCUAGUAACCACUCGGUUGCUCAAUCGACAUUUGCCAAGCCCUGCGAGCCAAUGUCCGGCGGUUUUUGGUCCGGCUACAUCGCCAGCUCAAGCGGUGGCGCAAUGGAGACCUUUAUGUACACGGUUGAAGAUGAGACUAAGCCCGUCUGGUUCUACUGCACACAAGGCCAGCACUGCAUAUCCGGAAUGGCCGGCGCCAUCAACGCUCCUGCCACUGGAAACACCGUCGACAAAUUCAUUUCGAGUGCCAAAGCCGCUUCCAGCGUUGUGAUUCCUUCUUCUGUGGCCGGAACUGGUGGCAUGCUCAUGAAUGGCACCAUGACCGCCUCAUCGUCUGCCUCCGGAUCAACCGCCUCCUCCACGGGUGCUGCUUCGACCCUGGAGCUCAACAAGAACGUUGCCUUCACUGGUCUCCUCGGCAUGUUCGCCUACCUGAUGAUGUAA